AUGGGAGCAGCACAUUGCAGCAACAGCUGCUACUCCAAACAAGAUGAGAGAAGACAAGAAGAUGUUGAAGAUGGGAUCCAGUCGGUUGCUUCUUCGAUAGUUGAAGUCCAUGAGAUCCUGGAGUUCUUGCAGAAGGUGCAGCUCUUCAAGCGCUUGCCAGAAGAUGACCUGCCUUCCUUGGCACCAGUCUGUGAGGUCAAAGAAUACCUUCCAGGCGAUGUCGUCAUUGAACAAGGGGACGAGGGACACGAGCUCUUUGUCAUCAGGUGGGGAAUUACGUCUGUCCAGGUCAAUGGUCAGGAGGUUGCGCAACUCAAGGAGGGGGACUACUUUGGAGAGAACGCGCUCUUAAGAGACGAACCCCGAACAGCCACCAUUUCGGCGAAAGCGCCGCUCUCCACGAUCAUUUUGCGGCGUUCCAAGUUCGAUGAGCUGGGUCUGAGAGAAAAGCUGCACUUCAAAACACGGAAGGCAAUUGGAGGAGGAUUCUUGGAAACUGCUGCGGCCAAACCACCUUGCAACAAGACUCCUGCCGAGCGUGAGGUUAUGGAAAGGGCAUUGAGCAACAAUUCAAACUUGCAAGGGCUGGUGGCACUGGAUGAAGCAGCCAUCAAUCAGUUGAUCGAUUGUGCUUGGCAGGAAGAUGCAAAGGCUGGCCUCAAUGUCAUUAGCGAAGGCGACAUCAACGCUAGUUUCUUCUACAUUGUGAAGUCUGGAAAGUUUGAUGUUUUGCAGACAAGCUCUGAGACAGGCAAAGAAGAGCGUGUGGGUCACCUGAAAGCUGGCAAUAGUUUCGGAGAGCUAGCACUCAUUUACACAGCUCCGCGAGCUGCCACUGUGAGGGCAGUGUCGGACUCUGAGCUGUGGGUGAUGGACAGGUCUGACUUCAAAAAGAUUCUGGCAGAUAAGAACGACAAAUGCAAGGAGUAUGUGGCCUAUUUGGACAAGGUCCAAUUAUUGAACCAAAGCUUAAAGCCUGAGGAAAAAGAGGCGUUGGCCAAGUCCUUGACCGAGAUGUCCUUCACAGAGGGUGAACUGAUAUUUGAACAAGGUGAAGCAGGGGACUCCUUUUACAUUCUCGUGGAGGGGCAGGUGUCGGUCAUCAAGGAUGGCAAGGAGGAGACCCGACUCACUGCAAAUACAGACACGGCGUCUCAUUUCGGGGAGCGGGCGCUUUUGAACAACGAGCCGCGCGCCGCCACCAUCAAGGUAACGUCCACGCUGGCCAAGACCUUGCGCCUUGAUCGAGAGACAUUUGAAUGGCUACUGGGGUCGCUGGAGGAGCUGCAGAAGUUGGGCAGCAACCGUCCUGUAGCGGUCAUGAAUCCAUCGGCCAGCUUGCUGCGGAAAGCCUCCAUGCUGCGAAGUGCCUCACACCUGGGGACCCUUGGAGGGGAUCGCGAGACAGAAAGCAUCGGGCCCAUAGAGAGGAAAGAUUUGAAACCAGUUGGCAUGCUGGGCUGCGGUGGCUUUGGCUCCGUGGAGCUUGUGGAGUACCAGCUCACCGGUGAGACGUAUGCUUUGAAGGCGAUGAGCAAAGGUUUCAUUGUUCAAUGUGGCAUGAAGCAGAGUGUGCUGACAGAGAAGGCAGUGCAAAUGAUGUGCAACUCUCUCUUCAUCAUCCGCCUGUAUGAGACGUACAACAGUGAUCAAACUCUCUACUUCCUCUUGGAAGCGGCGCUGGGUGGGGAGCUCUAUGCUACGUACAACAAGAAAGGCUUCUUUGGCAAGGAGAACUUUGCCCGCUUCUACACGGCUGGUGUUGUCAUGGCCUUUGAGCACUUGCAUGGCAAAAAGAUCCUGUACCGUGACCUGAAGCCGGAGAACCUUCUGCUGGAUGAGAAGGGCAACGUGAAGUUGACUGACAUGGGUUUGGCAAAGGUUUGCAUCGGGAAAGCAUUCACUGCCUGUGGCACACCUGACUAUUUCGCGCCAGAACUGAUCGCAUCCACAGGUCACAAUAUAGCCGUUGACUGGUGGACGCUGGGGAUUUUUGCCUUUGAGCUCCUUAGUGGCCAUCCACCUUUUGAGUCAUCAUAUCCGAUGCAGACAUAUCAGAAGAUCAUGCGAGGAAUCAACAAGGUGGCCUUCCCUCCAAAAUGCAAGGGAUCCGCAGAGGACCUGAUCAAAUCCCUGUGCAAGUCAGAACCAUCCGAGCGAUUGCCUAUGAAGAAAGGUGGAACUCGAAAUCUCAAGACGCACCCUUUCUACAAGGGCUUCGAUUGGAAUGCCUUCGAGACUAUGAGGAUGCCAGCUCCAUACCAGCCAAGUGUAACAAGCAAGCGGGACUUGUCAAAUUUUACACAAGCGAAAGAAAUGCCACCAAGCAUUGCAUACGAGGACGACCAUUCCAACUGGGACAAAGACUUUGCAACCAGCAGCUGA